CUGCGCUAAAAAGUUGUUCUUCGCGGGACUGCUUGCCCCGCGACAAGCCAUGGAAGUGGCCCAAGAGGACCAUCAUCGUAACCCAGACACUGCACAGACAGUUCCACAAUCCACACCAGUUCAUGAUACUCGGUGUAAUAUGUGAAUGUGACAUUUCCAUUUCAAAGCCCCACGUUAAUAUCGUACACGUGCGUCGUGUAUUUAGUUGGAAGUAUCGAAGCAAUACGGCACGCGCCAGUUGUUCUUUUUUUUGUUUCGUAUCUUUUUCUUGUGUAAUAUUUCGGUACGCCGGGGACUGAACUGAACUGAAGACCGGGCUGGCAUUUUAGUCGAAAGAUCAACGGGGGCAUUAUGUGCAUGAGUUUCGGAUUUGUGAAAGGUUUUGCUGAAGUCUAGGAUAACGAUUUUUCUUAAAAAAAAACAGAUAAAUUAUGGAACACCAGCUGCACGAUAGGGAUAGAGUAGGGGUUCAGGAUGCAGUUUUACUGGAAGAUUUUAAUAAUCAAGAUGUCUUUGUCGACAACUUGCAAAAACGAUUCAAGGAACAUGUCAUCUAUACUUACAUUGGCCCAGUACUUAUAUCUGUAAAUCCUUACAUGGAACUAAAUAUUUAUGACAAGAAAUCUGUAAAGGAGUACCAUAAUAAGCAUUUUUUUGAGGUACCACCACAUAUAUUUGCUAUUACAAACACCGCUUAUACUUCUCUUAAAGAUGAAAAUCGUGAACAAUGCAUUCUAAUUUCAGGCGAAUCGGGUUCCGGAAAGACAGAAGCCUCCAAAAAAGUCCUUCAAUACAUAGCGGAAGUGACCGAUCACAGAGGCGAAGUGGAAAAAUGCAAAGACAAAUUAAUAUUUUCCAAUCCCAUUUUGGAGGCAUUUGGUAACGCCAAAACGAACAGAAACGACAAUUCCAGUCGAUUCGGAAAAUACAUGGACAUACAGUUCAAUUUCGAGGGUAAUCCAGUGGGCGGAAACAUUCUGAAUUACUUGUUAGAGAAGUCUAGGGUUAUAAGUCAGACACCGGGUGAAAGAAACUUCCAUAUAUUCUACCAAUUGUUGGCCGGAGCCAAUGAGGAUGAGUUGAAUAAGUUGGAUCUUAAAAGAAGCUUGUCUUCGUAUUACUAUCUUUCAAGUGGGCAACAAAACGGAAGUUCCGGUAUAAACGAUGAAAAGGACUUUAAGGAGGUUAAAAAAGCCUUAUCGACUUUAGAUUUUACCGAAAACGAACAAAUGGACUUGUUCGCCAUCAUUUCGGCCAUCUUGCAUAUGGGAAACAUCGGAUUUACCGAAGAAGAGGGCGUUUCCUUUAUAGCCAAACCGGAAAUGGUCGAAAAUGUCAGCAAGCUCCUAAACUGUGAUAAAAACCUUCUUAAACAAGCGCUUCUCGAACGAACCAUCAAAACUAACAACGAAGAGUUAACGACUCCGUUAAAUAGAGAUUUGUCCGUUUACGCGAGAGAUGCUUUGGCCAAGGCCGUAUAUGACAGAGUAUUCACUUGGUUGGUGAAGAAAAUCAACAAAUCCUUGCAACCUAAAGAUAACAGGAGGAACGUUGUUAUGGGCAUCUUGGAUAUUUAUGGAUUCGAAAUUUUCGAAAGGAACAGUUUUGAACAAUUGUGCAUCAAUUUUUGCAACGAAAAACUUCAGCAACUUUUUAUCGAUCUUACAUUGAAGUCAGAACAAGACGAAUACGAGAAAGAGGGUAUCAAGUGGCAACACGUCGAGUACUUCGACAACAAAAUUAUCUGUGAUUUAAUUGAAGAGAAACACAAAGGACUGAUCGCUUAUAUGGACGACGAAUGUCUCAGGCCUGGCGAUCCAAAUGACAUUACACUAUUGGCCAAAUUGGACAAAUAUUUGGAUUACCACGCCCAUUAUAUUAGCCACAAAAAGGCUGACAUAAAGCUACAAAAGAUCAUGGGACGAGAUGAAUUCCGCCUUAUUCACUACGCAGGCGCCGUAACCUACAACGUUAAAUCGUUCAUCGAUAAAAACAACGAUUUGCUGUUUAGAGAUUUGCGAGAAGCCAUGAUCAGAUCGAAAAACGGUAUUCUCCAAUCGGUAUUUUUGGAAUCGGAACAGCAGAGCAAGAAAAGACCGGAGACGGCCAUUACGCAAUUCAAAUACUCCGUGAACAACUUGAUGAACAUCCUCAAGGACAAGGAACCAUCUUAUAUCAGAUGCAUUAAACCCAACGACUCUAAAAGAUCAGAUGUGUUUGAUUUUGAACUCGUCAGCCACCAGGUGACCUACUUGGGUCUGAUGGAAAAUUUGCGGGUUCGCAGAGCCGGCUUCGCCUAUCGCAGAGACUACCAGCGAUUCUUGAAAAGAUACAAGUGUCUGUGCAAGGAAACAUGGCCGAAUUACCACGGUGAUGCCAAAGAUGGCGUUACGAAGCUGAUCGCCGCUUUGAAAUUCACCGAGGAUGAAUACCAAAUGGGAAAGACGAAAAUAUUCAUCAGACACCCGAAAACCCUGUUCAGCACCGAAGACGCCUUCCAAUUGAAAAAACACGAAAUCGCCGCCAUCAUCCAAUCGCGCUGGAAGGGCAUGGUCCAAAGAAAAAAAUACCUGAAGAUGAGAGAAUCGGCCAUCGUCGUGCAGAAACACAUAAGACGAGUUCUGGCCAAAAGAGAAGCUGAUCGACGUAGGAAAGCCGCGUUCACAAUCAGGAGGUUCAUCAAAGGCUUCAUCACUAGGAACGACGCCCCCAGCGAUGAUAACCGAUCCUUCUUGGCCAUGGCUAAGGUGGAGUGGUUGAAAAGGCUAGCGAAAAAUCUACCGAAGCACAUUCUUCGCAGGACGUGGCCAGUGCCGCCUUACGUGUGUCGGGAGGCGUCUAAGAAGCUCGAAAGUAUGUACGGGGCUCACAUGUCUAGGAUUUAUAGAUUGCAACUGACGCCCGAAAGAAAAAGACACCUUGAGCUUAAGGUUUUGGCGGAGAGAAUAUUCAAAGGUAAGAAGAAGAAUUAUCCAGAUAGUUUGCCAUAUUUGUUCGUUGAAGAAAGAGUCCUUGAAGGCAGCGUACCGUUCAAAGAACUAUAUACUUCGCAACUAAACGGAGAAAAGGAAGUGUAUUCUUCCAAUGUAGUCAAAUUCGACAGACAUGGAUACAAACCGAGGGACCGUCUCAUGGUCAUCAGCAAGCAAAAGUUUCACCUUUUGGACACCAAAGGUUCCUUGAAACCAAAACAUUGUAUCCCAUUAAAUAGCCUAAGCUUUAUUAUUACCCCUGAAAAUGACGAUCUACUGUUGGUCCAGAUUCCUGAGGACCUAAUAAAGAAGGACAAGGGAGACUUAAUAUUGCAAGUUCCAAACCUUAUUGAAGCCCUUACUAUGAUAAUAGAUACAGUGAAGGACGAGAAGAUUUUAAGAAUAGUGGACAAGUCAUCGAUCGAGCAUAAUAUGAAAGGAAAGCACGGGACGAUCGAUAUACAACACGGGGAUGUCCCCAAAAUCCAUAAAGACAAGAGUGGCCAUUUGUUGAUAGUUGUCUCGCCAUAAGACUAUUUUCGUGCCACCGAUUUUUUGCAGUAAACGUGCCAUGUCAGAGUUUUAAGUACCUAUUUUUAUUAAAAAAGAAAUAUAUGUAUAAUAAAAGUAAUUUGAGGGCUAUUUUGUUAAUAUUUUAUAUUUUGCAUCCUGAUAGGUAUUCA